AUGAACCGACUCUAUGAUUCGAUGGAGCCAAGAGUGGUGGAUGAUGACAUGCUGAAGGUGGCAGUGGGGGAGCAGGGCCCCCAGGAGGAGGCUGGGCAGCUGGCCAAACAGGAGGGCAUCCUCUUCAAAGACGUCCUGUCCCUGCAGCUAGACUUUCAGAACAUCCUCCGCAUUGACAACCUCUGGCAGUUUGAGAACCUGCAGAAGCUGCAGCUGAAUAACAACAUCAUCGAGAGGAUCGAGGGCCUGGAGAACCUCACACAGCUGGUCUGGCUGGAUCUGUCCUUCAACAACAUUGAGGCCAUCGAGGGGCUGGACACCCUGGUGAACCUGGAGGACCUGAGCUUAUUCAACAACCGCAUCUCCAAGAUCGACUCCCUAGAUGCCCUGGUUAAACUGCAGGUGCUAUCGCUGGGCAACAACCAGAUCAGCAACAUUAUGAACUUGAUCUACCUGCGGCGGUUCAAGGACCUACGAACACUCAGCCUCACUGGGAACCCCGUUGCUGAGGCAGAGGACUACAAGAUGUUCAUCCAUGCCUACCUUCCUGAUCUUGUGUACCUGGACUUCCGGCGCAUUGAUGACCAUGUGGCAAAGCUGGCUCAGAUGAAGUACCAAUACAGCAUUGAUGAGCUGAAGCACCGGGAGUAUGUGAUACAGGCCCGGCUGGAGGAGGAGCAGGCCAAACAGCAGGAGCUGGAGGAACACAAGAUGGCGUUCAUCGAGCACCUGAAUGGCACCUUCCUGUUUGACAGCCUUUACGCGGAGGAUAUGGAGGGCAACAAGCUGUCCUACUUACCUGGCGUCGUUGAGCUCCUUGAAGCCUACAAGGACAAAUUUGUCAUCAUCUGUGUGAACAUUUUUGAGUACGGCUUGAAGCAGCAGGAGAAGCGGAAGACAGAGCUGAACACCUUCAAUGAGUGUGUGCAGGAGGCCAUCAAGGAAAACCAAGAGCAGGGAAAGCUCAAGAUUGCCAGGUUUGAAGAGAAGCACUUGCUGAGUUUAAGUGCCAUCCGAGAAGAGUCUAAACUGCCCAACAUUGAGAAGAAGAUAGUGGAGUGCAGUGAGGACAUCACUGAGCUGUUCAACGAGCUCAUGACGCUAGAGAUGCAGCUGGUGGAGCAGCUGGAGGAGACCAUAAACAUGUUUGAGCGGAACAUCAUUGACUUGGUAGGGCUUUUUGUCGAAAAUGUCCAAAGCCUAAUGGCUCAGUGCCGGGACCUGGAGAACCACCACAAUGAGAAGCUCCUGGAGAUCUCCAUCAAUGUCCUGGAGAAGAUCCUCAAGGGUGAGCUUGAGGAGGACCUGCCUGAUGCUGUGCGUGCGCUUUUUGUCGACAAAGACACAAUUGUUAAUGCCGUUGGAGCAUCGCAUGACAUUCACCUCCUGAAGAUUGACAAUAGAGAAGAUGAGCUGGUGACCGGGAUCAACUCUUGGUGUACACAGUUAGUGGACAAGAUUCACAAGGAUGAGAUCAUGAGGAACCGUAAGCGAGUGAAGGAAAUCAAUCAAUACAUCGACCACAUGCAGACUGAGCUGGACAAUCUAGAAUUUGGUGACAUGAUAGACUAG